AUGCUCUCCUGGUUGCAGGAUUGCUUUUCCAUGGCCAAUGUCUCCUGGUACGGUGGGCCAAGCAUCCGUGCCCAGCGCUGGCCCCUCAAUGGCGCAGAGAGCCCCGCGCAGCCCUUCGUCAGCGGAGACCUCGGCACCAACCCCGACGGCUUCGGGCCUGUCCUGGACAGGUACUUCUUGGGCUCGACAGGAUGUGGCACUGCCUGGAUCCCACACCGCCUCAUCCCUGAACACGUGCCCUCGGAGCGCAGGAAGAGGCAGGACCUGGCCCUGGUGGAGCCUCUGCAGCUCUCCAUCACUCUGUCCCCCUACGCCAGCAUCACCUCCCCGCUCUUCCUGCAAUCCCUGCACCGCGGCGAGGCCGCGGGAUACUGGCUGAGCCGCCAGCCCCGACCUGGGGGCAGCACGAUCCCACUGCUGACCACCUGGAAGGGGCAGCUCUGUGCCCGCCUGAACGUCACCAGCGAGGCGGCACUGGCCUGGUACCUGGCACGUGCCCGGCGCCUGCGGCAGGCGCUGGGGGCCACAUACGUGGCCUUUGAGGGAGUCGAGGGUAAUUCUUUCCUGGAGCAGGAUGUCCCACCUCCCGCCGAGCUGGCAGGUGAUGGAUACACCAGGGUGUUGGCGGCAGCACUGGCGACACUGGGCAAUGGCACCAUCGUCAGCGCCGGGGCCGGCUCCAGUCACCUCCCUCUGUUCGUCCAGAUGAGCCCCCUGCGCUCCGACUGGAGCCACGCGGGGCUGAAGGGGCUGAUCCCCUCCGUGCUGCACUACAGCCUCUUGGGCUACAACUUCUUCAUCCCUGACACUGUAGGAGGGAGCCUGGCCGGUGACUCCGCGGGGGACCCGGAGCUGUUUGUGCGGUGGCUGCAGAUCGUGACCUUCCUGCCCGUGAUGGCCUUCGGGUCCCCACCCUGGCUCUGCUGUGACUCCUGGGUCCUGAACCUGACCCGCCAAUGCAUCCAGAGGCACCGGGACUUUGUGCUGCCGCUCCUCCUAAAAUACAGCGAGGAGUGGCAGAGUUUGGGACACCCCAUCUUCCGCCCAGCCUGGUGGCUCAGCCCCACGGAUCCGACUGCCUUCACCAUAGAGGAUGAAUUUCUCAUUGGAGAUGAGGUCCUGGUUGCUCCGAUAACAGAAAAAGGACAAAGAUGGAGGGAUGUCUUCCUGCCUGGAGAAGGGCACCUCUGGCUGGACACCAACUCUGCCCGUGUGUUUGAUGGAGGCACCAUCCUCAGGAAUUACUCUGCCAGCCUGGCUGAGGUGCCCGUGUUCGUAAAGACCUCCUGAAUCCAGCCUGGGCAGCUCCUGGACGGUGACCUCGGAGAGCAGCGCUGGCCACAGGCUCUUCCCUGACACUUCCAGACUGUUUGCACUUUUCCAAGAACCUUUUUUUUUUUUUUUUUUUUUUUAUUUCAGGAGAAAUUGUUUGAGUUUUCUUACUCGCUGUUAUCCAGAAAUAGCAGCAGUAUGGCUCUGCCACCACCAUCCACCCACAAUGAAUGCUCACCUGUAUCUUUCCAGGGUUUUCCCAUUGAAAUAUUUGUGUGAGUGUGUUUAGGUGGACACAUCCAGCGUUUCCAGAUCCCUGGCAAGGUGCUCAGAGAGGCUGCCUUGGCCAGGGAGUGGAUUUUCCAGGAGAUAAACAAACAUCAGCUUAUACCCGAUGGGAAGUUUUGUACUGAGUGAAAAAAAAGUAAAUCCAGGGAAAACUAAACAGGACAGCUCUGUUCAUCUUACACCAAAUGGGAAGUUUGGGAUUUAAUGAGAAAAGUAAAUCCAGGGAAAAAUUAACAGGAUAGUUCUGCUCCUGUGCGUGGCCCCCUCCUGUGCCCAGCGUUCCUCGCUUCUCCCACCGGACACUGGGUGUGUUUGCCAGGAGUCUCUGGUAGCAAGAGUCCACUUUUGAGGAUAAUCUGGGAAAAUGGGUGAACUCCGGAUCUAUUUGAAGCAGGUUUAUGUGGAAGAAAAAUAA